AAUUUUGACAGAUGAUAAAGUGUCUCUUCUCCCGUCCCUUAGUGCUCCGUCCUCGAUUAGAAACUUAUUGCCCCUCCUAUCUUGAUAUAAAAUCAAGUUUCACGACUAUUUUGAAUAUGCUAUGUAGUUUAACUUGUGCAAAUAAUAGUGAAAUGGCCUAGUCGCUUAAUACACAAUAUAGAUAAAUCAACACAAUGAGUGGGCGCUCGGGUCGUGGAGUAUUUGGAAAACUCUUUUCCAAGAAAAAGGAUCAAAACAGAGAUGAGCGAGUUACAGAAAUUGGUAUGCCCACGAAUGUUAAACAGCACAUUCAUGUUAGUAAAAAUACAGAAACAGGUAUGUUGGAAGGGCUGCCCACUUCCUGGCAGCGGUUACUCAAUGCACAAAUUACGCCUGCCGAGCAAAAUGAAAACCUCGACGCAGCUAUCCAAGCUGUCAAACUUCAUAUGUACAUCAUAAAGAAAGAAAAGGCGCAAGAUGAACCUUUCAAACCAAUAGUUACUCAAGAAGAGAUCAAUAAGGAAGACUUAGAGAUAGAAAAGCUAUUGGAUCACAAAAAUGCUCAUCAAAGUCAAGAUUCUGACUUAUCUAUUGGUCAGAGUAGUGAAGAAGAUGUUGGUCCAGUGGAUAUGUUUGCUCAAAGACAAACUAUGCCUGCGGUGCCAACUAAACAUAGUCUUAAGAAAAAGGAUGCCAUUAUGGACCUAUCUGCAGUUGUGGAAGACUUGACUCUCAUCGGAGAAGAAGAUGAUGAAAGUCCAAUAUUGAGGAAGAAAGAAAUGAUUAAUGCUACGUUGACUGAUGAAGAAAUAUAUGAGGAAUUGAGGAGGAUUUGCAAUAAGGAUGACCCAUAUGUGAGAUUUGAUAGAAUCAAACAACUCGGUGCUGGUGCUUCAGGUGUUGUGUUCAUCGCUAUAGACAAUAAGGACAAUUCCAGGGUUGCCAUCAAAGAUAUUGAUUUAACUAAACAAUCAAAAAAAGAUCUCAUUCUCAAUGAAAUUAAUGUAUUGAAGGGCUUCAACCAUAAGAACUUGGUAAAUUUCCUGGACGCGUUCCUGAGCUAUGACCACUUAUGGGUGGCUAUGGAAUUACUCGACGGUGGGUCGCUUACCGACGUGGUGACUGAAGUAGUUAUGAAGGAAGGUCAAAUAGCGGCGGUAUGUCGCGAAACUUUACAAGCUAUAGCCUUUUUACAUUCCAAAGGUACUAUACAUAGGGACAUAAAAUCUGACAAUGUUCUAUUGGGUAUGGACGGUACAGUAAAAGUUACCGAUUUUGGUUUUUGCGCUAACAUAGUUGGCGAUGAGAAACGGCAGACGAUGGUCGGUACACCGUACUGGAUGGCGCCAGAAGUGGUCACGAGGAAGCAGUAUGGUAAAAAAGUUGACGUUUGGUCCCUAGGUAUAAUGGCCAUAGAAAUGAUCGAAGGCGAACCCCCAUACAUGAAAGAGACCCCUCUCAGGGCGUUGUAUUUGAUCGCAGCAGUUGGACGCCCGAAAAUACCGCGAUGGGAGUCUCUGUCGCCUCAGUUUCAAGACUUCCUCGACAAAUGUCUUCAAGUCGAUGUAGAUUUGAGGGCGACAGCGGAUGAACUCUUGGAACACCCAUUCCUAGAGUGCGCCAUGGAGUUGAGAACGCUCACUCCAUUGAUCAAGGCUGCCCAGAAAAUUCUCCACAAAAAUUAUGACUGAGUAUUACCGCAGUAGUAACUCUUCCAUUCCCAAUUUUAUACAUAUAUUUCUUUUUUAUACAUGUUUGCAAUUUUAUUCGAAAGUAAUGGUGGUGCCAAUAUUGUGGAUAUGUGGAUAAGAAUAUCUCUUUUAAUUCAGUUGGAUAACUAUAAAAUGUUGUUGGAGUAAACAUUAUGGAUUAGUUAAGAGAUAAGUUAAACAAGGCAUGAUUUAAGUUGCAAAAUAUAAGGCUCUAAUAAGUGUAAGAUGUUUAGCGAUAAGCUUAUUAUUAUAAUUCACUGGAGUAAAUUCACAAGAUAUUUAUUUAAUAAUAGGCAUAGGGCGUAUAGCUUCCUUCUUAUCACAAUGUUCGCACAAGAUAUCAUAUCUGCUACUGAUACAGAACGAUUUUUAACAUCACACUGUGUCUUAUAUGACGUGAAAAAGUGUAAUUAUUAUGUAAAACUAUGAAUACUAUAAAUAGUAAAACGAUUGGUUACUUAAUUAAAUCUGUCCAUGAAGGAAUUAGUUGUUAAAAUUAAUCAUACUUUAAAUAUUGUUGCAUUUAUGUUUCAUUAUCUAUUUUAAUUGGAUAUUAAUAAAAUUUUACGUUUAUAUAUUAAUAAAUAAAAUACCUAAAUUUAAGAAUCAAAUCAUUUCUAAUAAUAAUAUACAUAUUGUAUUUAUUAUGUCUAAAAGUCAUACUAAGUAUUUUGCCAAAAAUGUAUAUAAAUUAUUUUUAACUAGUCUUAUGGGCUUGAUUCUGACGUGAGGAUAUGUAACUUAACUACUUAAGUGACUGCAAAAUUUAUCAGUACUACAGUUUCACAAUAAAAUUCCUCUUCAAAAUUAAGCCUUAUAUAGAACUUUGUGUUAGUUUUUAAUCGACAGUUGUUAUUCUCUAUCUUGUAUAAUAUUUUACAUAAACUGACCGCUGUUCUCUUUAGCCAAUCACAUUCCUUGAGACUUUAAAAAAAAUUUUUGGUACCAAUUUUUUUUCUAGGUUUAUAACCGAAAUUAAGACUGUAUUUACUACAUGUAUUAAUAUGUAUUCUUAUAACAGGCAAUAAUAAUUAAUGUAAUGUUUAAAAUUAUACAUAAAAACUAAAAGUUUAACUUGUAUUUCUAAAUAAUUAAGUUUGAUUUGAACUUAACCAUGAAUGUAUAACGCAGAUAAUUGUUUUGAUCAGUUAUGUUAGUUCUAUCUAUUAAAUGUGAUUUAUCUCGACGCUCGAUGACAAAUCGUUACAACUAUGCUAUAAUUUCUUGCUCGUCUAAACACUUCCACUUUCUCAAGUGUAAAAAGCAAAUUAAAUUUUUGAGUGACUCAAAUGCCGCAUAAGGUAAUUUCGCCUAAUAAGGCCCACUUGUUAUGACAGCUGGGAUGUAAAAUUGCGAACAAGAAUGCGUUUCAAUUACAGUCCUGCAUCGACUGACCAUUAAAAGCAGAGGCAGGUUAAAAAACGUUCGUCAAGGUUGAGGUUUUUGCACUCCAGUGGUAAAAAACAUUGGGCCUUAUUAGGUGACAUUACCUUAUAUGUACAAACCUUUAAUAAAGAAGUUUCCAUAAAUGAAUAUUACAGGUGUGCAUUAUCAGGUUUCACUUUUGACUACUAUCGAAUAAAACAGUCACCUGCAUUACGCAUUAAGUUUUAUAGAUUUAAGACUGCACUGCACCACCAGAGAACCAAAUCGACGAGGCCAUAUAUAUUUGUAAGUGACCAUUGAAACAUAGGUGGAAAUAUUUAAUUAUUAACAAAUCCAAUAAUUGGACCUUCUUUGUAUCACGAAAUAGGUAGUCUAUUUUAUAUGGACAUGCCAUCACCGCAAACUACAUUACCUACUUUUCACUUAUAACACUUAAGUGACUUUGUGUAUGCAUAUGUGUUGACGGUAUUCGGUUUCAAAUACUGUUUCAUUAACUAGGGUUUCAUUAAUGGUUACUAUGGUAACGUUUUAAUUCCCCAUACUAACUGUCUCUCGCAUUUUCAUUUCUUUUGCCGUUUUUCGGGAUAAAAUAUAACCUAUGUUCACCGCAUAUUAUGUAGCUUCCCGUAGGUGAAAGGAUUCUUAAAAUUGGUCAAGUAGUUCCCGAGCCUAUUCAUUGCAAACAAAUCUUUCCUCCUAUAAUAUUAGUAUAGAUUCUAUAAUAAUCUUCUUUUUUUAUAUAGAAUUGAGACGUCGAGUUUGUAUACUCGAGGACGUAUCUAUAAUGUGAUUUCGAGGCCGAGGUGACACUUGUGCACUACCAAUUAUCGUUAAUUACCAUCGUGAACUUCAAUUCUAUGUUUUACCGCCCCGUCUGGAAACCUAAACAUAAUUAUAGUUUCAUAUACUUCACGGUUUAGCGGCCAUUGUGCUGUUAUAAUUACUUUAUGAAUUUAAAUUUACUUACCUAUAUAUACCUAUUGAAAUUAAAAUGUUUUAUUUGUAUAUAUUUAAUGAAUUAUGAGUACAAAUCUUAAUAUUCAUAAGUGACGAUCGUCUUAACACCAUUCAUUAAAUGAAUCUUGGUUAAUUGUAAAUCAUACAUCCGUGCAAACAAUAUUGGUAUUUAGUAUUUUUCAUCAAUAAAUUUUUAAUUUUGUUCACAUACAAAUUUUUAGUGACGGUUAGGUACAAUAUGAGUAGGAUUUAUUUAGUAUUAAUAGUGUAUCGACGUAUUUCGUUAAGUUCGCUUUAAAUGUGGGCCUUAGAAAAGUAUCAAAGGCAUUUGUAUUUGUAUAAGUAUUUCUUGCGAGUUUUUUUACAAAAUAAUUGGGCAUUUAAUUCUUCACACCGUGAGUGCCUGCUGUGUAAACUAGGUGUAAGGUUCUAAGUAAGUUUGGUUAUUAUACAUAAGUUAGCCAAUCAUUGACACAACGAACUGUGCGUCUAUAUAUUAUACAUUACUGUUGCUGCGUCUAGUUCUUAAGUUUAUAUAUACACCAAUGACACUUUUUGAACAUUUUAUAACUAGAGAUUUGCCUAUUAAAUUAUUUUUGUAAACUUUAAAAGUAUUUUCAUUUUGAUAAAUAAUCCAAUCCAGCCAAAUAGAAUAGCACACAUCUAUACCGCACGGUAGAUUUUAAUAG